UUCCAAUAAAAUUGGUGAUAAAGGUGCAUCAGGCUUAGGUUUUGGUUUAGCAAAUUGCAUUAAUCUCUCAAAUUUGGAACUUUCCCUUAGUUCCAAUAAAAUUGGUGAUAAAGGUGCAUCAGGCUUAGGUUUUGGUUUAGCAAAUUGCAUUAAUCUCUCAAAUUUGAAACUUUACCUUAC